AGGUUGACAAUGACAAGCGAGAAUCCAUCACCGUUUGUUUCCGUUACGUGGAUCGCCGUUGUGAUCACAUUAAACUGAACGUGACCAUCAGUCUAGAUGUGGGGAGGAGCGAGCAGCCGAGAGUUGUAUUUGCUGCAAACAAUGAAGCCUCUUUGUCACGUGCGAUGAAAAUGUUAAAUGGUGAUGUUAGAUGUUCGGAUCCUGCAUACAUACUGACAAAGUCUACAAGUGACCUUGUUAAUGAGAUAGAAAUUCAGGCAGACUACGUAGUGGACGAAAUAAUCUGUCCGGGCCUCACUGUCAGCGCCACAAUCAGCCGCUUCAACGGAGCAAGCCCCGGGGACCCGAUAUUGCAACUACGGAAUCAGCUGCAGUUUAGAAACGAUUGCCCAAACAACUUGUGCAGAACGAAUCUUACUCUCCUGGCCGAAGCCAAAUACACGAACGUUGAUGGCUACUUCGUAAUUGGAAACCAGGACCUUGCUAUUGAUGUAAAAGUCACGAAAACCGGAGACUCAUCUUACGGAUCUGUCUUCUAUAUGGUCUAUCCGCAAUACCUUAGCUACAAAAACAUGGAGAAGUUUCGAGGUGAAAACGACGUCACGUGUUCUUUGAUUGACAGUAAAAAUAAUGAUACAGACAUAGUUUUGAAAGAAGAAGAAUCGGCCAUAUCAUGUUUGUUUGGAAAUCCGAUGUCAAAUGAUACAGGUGUCGGCUUCCGGUUGUUUAUGAAGGUUCCGAUUUCCGUUGUCAAUGAUGAUUCUACAGUGAUGCUUCGCAUGCGUGUGACAACCUUGAGCGAGGAACUUGAACCAACGGACAACAACCAGACAAUCACUAUUAAUUUACGACAUAACCUGGAAGCCACGUUUUCAGGAAUAUCAACACGAGAACAGAUAUAUCUGGAGGAAAGUAAGGACACAUAUGAAAUGGAGAAUAUAUAUGAGUUAUACAAUAAAGGCCCGAGCAUUAUGCAGUCAGCAAUUAUAGAUAUCUCGUUUCCACAGUUACAAAGUUCCAACAAAGCUCUUUUGUAUCUCAACAGAACUGAGUUUCUAUGUGAACAAAAUUGUGAAGCCAAGUGCAGUCUUGUACAGGAAUAUACGACACCAGCCAUCUACUCCUUCUUCAAAGGCCGACUUGUAUCAAACACAAGGAAACCAGAAACGGCGCUGUCAGAUAUUCAGAAUAAUGACUGUAAACAGCAGAAGUGUUCCAAAUUCGUUUGUGCCAUUUCUAAUAUACAACCGAAGACUGGUGCAGUUAUUUACAUGAAUUAUGUUAUAGACAGGGUUAUCGAAGGUGGAAUGAAGGAAGGAAAAUCAAUGACUCUCAUCUCAACUGCCACGGUUCAGAUAAACAGAACCAACCUUAUCAGCAAUCAGACUGAGUUUUUACAACAGCUCAGUACUACAGUAAGGAAGAGAGCGCCCAUUAAGGAGGAAAUUCCAUGGUGGAUUAUUCUUGUCAGUGUUCUUGGCGGAAUUUUGCUUAUAGCUCUAAUUGUUCUUGUACUUUGGAAGUGUGGAUUUUUCAAGCGGAAGAGGAGAGAUGAGCUUGAAAAGAGAAAAUCACAUGCUCCUGAUUCUGGAAAUAAAGUGAAUAAUGAAAAGAAGAGGGAUUCAUACACUGACAGUGAAGGCGGAAUUAUAGACAAUGAAAUUCCACCAGCGAAUAAUGAGAAGGAAAAAUAUUGAUGGUAAACAGGUUUACCUGGUUGAACACACAUGAGUAUUUAGAAUGAGAAAAUCUUGUAAGACUUAAUUGAUCGGCCCAAGAGGCUACAGGAUUAUGUAUGUCUCAGAAAAGAACAGAAAGCAAAUUGCUGAACAUUUACUGUUUAUAGAAGUACUUCCUAUGGUAAAACUAAUUUUGAUUUUUAUUUUACGUUAAUAUAUAUACAUUAUGUGCUUUUCUUUGAAACAAUAAUGAUUAUACAAAGUAUCCAUAAGACAGUAUACAACGCCUACUCGAUGUGGUAGUUACUAUAUUAACAUAUAUUUAUAUAGUUAUAUUUUCACAGUUACGAUUGCUGUUAAACUUUUACAGGUAUGAUUGCUGUUAAGCUUGUACAGUCACGAUUAAUGUUAAACUCAUUUACAGUCACGAUUAAUGUUAAACUCAUUUACAGUCACGAUUAUUGUUUAACUCAGUUACAGUUACGAUUACUGGUUCACUAACUUACAGUUAAGAUCAAUGUUAAACUUAUUUACACUUACAAUUAAUGUUAAACUCAUUUAUAGUCAUGAUAAAUGGUAAAUUCAUUUACAUUCAUGAAUAAUGUUAAACUCAUUUAUUGUUAAGAUCAAUGUUAAACUCAUUUACAUUUACAAUUAAUUUUAAACACAUUUACAUUUACGAUUACUUAUAAACUCAGUUACAGUUCUGACUAAUGGUAGAUUCAUUUACAUUUACAAAUAUUGUCAAUCUCAUUUACACUUACGUUUAAUAUUUAACUCAUUUAUAGUUGCGAUUAAUGGUUAACUCAUUUUACAGUUACGCUUAAUUUACUCUGCUAAGUUUUU